AUGAUUUCCGGCAGCGUCGUAACACUGGCGGCAGUACUGGCGUGGACUAGCCUCCACGCGAGUGUGGAUAUGCACGCGCCCUCGGGGGGCGUGCUGGACCACCUCAGAGAAUUGGAGGGAAAGGGGGCCUUGUGGUGGCUCGGCCCCUUCCAGCCCCCUCACGUAAAGAACCUGUACACGGCAUGCCCCGCGCCAAAGAGGGGCUGGGGGUCGAGCCUGCCGGUGGUAGGCCCGAUCCUGGCUGCGCGUCGCACCGCGCAGCACGUGGCCUGCCUCCAGGCCACGAGGGCCACCCUGCAGCAGCAGCACCUGCUGUUCACCGCCCGAUGUCUGGUGUGGUGGGCAGCGGGGGUCCUGCUGGCCGUGCUGCAGCGCCUCCUGUGGCCAAGGCUGAGGCAGCCACGCGUGCCACGCCCUGCUGGCCCUGAGGUGCCUGAGCGACCAGGGACAGGCCACACACCAAGGCCCUCCCCCCUCCACCACUGCCCUCCAGCAUCGCCUUGCCCCGACCCCAAUCACCGCCAGUGCUCCAAGUCCCGCCGUCUUCAAGUGUUCUGCCGAGACUUUCAUGCCACAUGUUGCCGCAGCUCUCCGCAGACUGGUGUGGCCGGCCGUGCCCCCAACACUCCCCCCCCUCCCAGCCACCUUCCCCCUGUCACGGCGGCUUCUCCCCGCCGCUGCCUCCCCACCGGACAUCUCACAGCUUCCCCCCCUCCCCCCUUCACCAGCCAUCUUCCCCCCGUCACAGCGACUCCUCCCCAUCGCUGCCUCCCCACCGGAUAUGUCCCAUCCUCCCCGUCACUUCACCAACAUCCAUCUCUCGGCCUCAGGAGUCUCCUCCCCAGACUCCUCCAUCAAAAUUAUCCCGUCACACUCCCCCCAUACUCAGACCUUCCCCACCUGAGUCCCACACUUCCCCACCAGACUUCUCCUCCCUCAUGCCGCACCACCCACUUUGUCCCAACCAUCCAAGCCGUGGCCACCAACACCGGCCCCCAAGGACCUUCAGUCCUCGGUUUCAGCGUCCCCAACAAACCCAUCGUCCCCCCCGCCAUCACCACUACAACCCCCGUCCCCCUUACCAACACUGGUCCUCACAUCAAAACCAACCCCCUUACCAAUCACGUCCACAAUAUCCCCACCGUCCCCCACACCACCCACGGCCCCCACACCAGCAGGACACACGCGCAAGACACAACUACAGAGGCGCCCCUCACAGUGCCAACCCGCCUCGACACUCCGGCCACUGGCACAGUGACGCGCCGCACCGCAACAACACACAGGGCGGCCGGACACACAGGGAGCCCUGGAACACACAGGGUCAUCCCCGCGCCGCCCCGCACAACACACAAGGAAACAGGGGACGUCCCAGCCAGAGGAGGAACGCCCCUCGCCCCCCGCGUGAGUGAGGCCGCCUCUCCUCACACGUCUGCCAUGGCUCCGUGUGGCUCUUUCCUAUAG